AUGGAUCAUAGAACUCCAACCAGAUUGGAGGUUAGAAAUGGUGCUCAAAUGGAGUAUAACAAUUUAGACGAUAACAAUCUUGGAAGAUUGGGAAAUCAUGAUGUUAGAGCAAAUGAGAUUGCAGAGGGUGAAGUUGAAUUAGAAGUAGAUGGUGUUGACAUUGAUAUUGAAGAUGAAGAUGAAGAUGAAGGUGCUGUUGCUGAUUCUGAAACUGAGGAUGCUGGUGCUGACUCUGAUUCUGAUUCUGAAAAUAACUCUGAAGAGGAGUCUAAGGAUGGAUCUGAAGAUGAAGAUUCUGAAAGUGAUUCAGACUAUAGUGAAGAAUCUGAACACGAGAUUGUCGAUGUUGGUAGUCAAGAUGAGAAUGACAAUAAGGUAGAGAAGAAAGAACCUUACUGGGUUACCGACAGACAUGGCAAAAGGGAUAGAGUUGAAUACACGAAGAAGAUUCAAUUAUUUGAUAACUUUAACUAUUCAAUAUAUUUCAGAGAUAUAGCUGUAACAAGGAAGUUAUGCAAUGCCUCGAUUGAGCCAGCAAUUAGAGUUUUGAAGAAAUCCAUUGUGAAUUUACCCGCAUUGGAUAAUUCUGCUACGACAAUAAACAAGUGGUUGACAUUUUUUAGAAAAUUGUUCAGAACUUACUCUAACAAGAAUGGUAAGGGUGGUAUUUCGUAUGUCAUUUGUACUCCCGAAUUGUAUGAUGCUCGCCAAACCAAGUAUAAUAUCAGCAAGCUCAUGCAGAAAAGUCCAAUGCAUACCACUCAUUAUGUGGACAUGUUUUGUCAAGCCAUUGUUGUUGAAUUAUUAGACAAAAUUCAUGAGGAUAGGUUUAGUGAAGCUGACGGUGGUAUUGAAGAUAUAAAUAUCCAUAAGAUCUGGAAAUUUGUCGAUGAAUCAAAGGAUUAUCUGUUGGCAAAUACUAUUAACUUGGCUUUUGCUGCGUGUGUUCACGCAAGGCGUCCAAGGUUAAAUAGGGAAGAGCAUCGUAAGCAGAUGUUUAUCAUCGAUGGGUUGAAAUCGUCCAAUAAGGAAAUUCAAUUCAUUAUUGCUAUGAAUGGUCAUGAUGACAUCCAAGGUGAAGUUACCAGAGCUUAUGAACUGGCUAUAAUUUAUGGAAAUGUCAAAGCUUUUAAUCAAGUAAUGGAAGAUUACUAUUCAAAAUGGGAAGAAAGUAAAGAACUCAAAGAUAAGGAUAAGAAUAAAUUCAAACCACCUACUGAACAUGAGAUUGAAACGAAGAUGGUGUAUAAGUCGUCUUUUAAGAGAAGAGCAGAAGUCAAGGAUGACAUGGAUCCAGAUAAAUACAUUGAUAUAAACUCCAACAAGUUUUUCACCAAUUAUGAUGCGGAUUAUGCACCGAAAGAAACUUUAGCUUUCCAUGAUGGAAAUAACUACAGAGGUCGUGGUGGAAAUAGAGGUGGAUCCAGAGGCAGAGGUGGAUACAGAGGUGGAUACAAAGGAGGUAAAGGAUACCAUCCAUACAGCAAAGAUGAUGAUGAAGAGAAAGAUGAGAGUUCUAAGAAAGAUAGUGCCAAGAAGAAAGGUGGCGCUUCUAAGAAAGAUAAAUCAUCAGAGAAAGUUGAUGAAGAGAAGGAAGGUGGUGAUAAAGGCAAUAGUCUAUUACUGGAUAAAGUUGAUGAAGGAUCUAGUGAAGCCAUUUAUUAUUACGAUGAGAGGGAUGAAUACAAGGAUAUUCAGGUUGACGGUAAACAGAAGCUGAUUUUAUAUGACACAGGUGCAAGUACUUCAGUUGUUAAAGAUAGAAGUUUGUUGACAAAUUUCGAUAAGACGAAGAGGAAAUACUUUAAAGUUGCUGACAAGAAUUUAUUAAGAUCCGAAGGUACAGGUACAUUAACAUUGAAUAUUAAUGGUGAAGAAAUCAUCAUUUCAGAUGUAUCGUUGGUACCGAAUGCAGCAAUGAAUAUAGUUUCUUUGGGUCAAAUAACUGAGUUUGGAUACAAUUAUUAUGGAAGUAACAAGUGCUUGUAUUUGCUAAAUAUGAAUGAAAGAAGGUGUAUUCUCGCUGCUAAGAAUGUUUUAAGGAAGAAUCUCUACAUUGGACCAAUUAGUGGUGACAUUGAAUCUACAGAAGCUAUAGAUAUUGGGUUUAUAUAUAAUAUUAAUGUACAUAAUAUCCCACGUGUAGAAGCAGACAACGAGAACACCUUAUACGGUCAACAUCUUGCUGGAAAUCAUAUGUCUUUGCAGGCAUUGAGAGCGAGAAUAAAGAGGAAAGAAAUUGAUGUGAAAGCAAAUCCGGGAGAUAUUGAAAAGAUCAGAAUGUGUGCAGUAUGUUUAGUGGUAAAUGCUAGACAACAUUCUCAUAACAAGACAACACAAAAAGCUCCUAAAAGACCAUUAGAGAGAGUUCACUGUGAUACAGUUGGUCCUAUUGGUGUUGGUUUUGUGAAGCAUUAUGUUACGUUAUUGACAGAUGGUUUUAGUAGUUAUAUUGAACCUAUUAUUACACAAACGAAGGCAAUUAAGGAAACAACAUUAUCAUUGUUGAAAUUAUGGAAUAAUUAUCAUAGUAAACAUAAGAUUGCACAUUUUAGGUCAGAUAAUGCUGCUGAAAUGCCAUCAACUAGAGAAUUAUUGAGUUUAGGAAUCAGAAGAGAUGCAAUUGGUGCGUAUACUCCAGCUUUAAAUGGAACAGCUGAACGUGCUAAUAGAACUGUAUUUAAUGCAAUUAGAAAAUGUAUAUUAAGUUUUCCAGAAAAGCAUAACGAAGUUAUGUCUUUAUUUUAUUAUGUUUGUCUUUAUAGUGUGGCAACUAUAAAUCAUACUCCAAAGAAGAGAUUUGGUGGUUUGUCACCGUUUCAAAGGUUUACUGGAAUUCGUGAUUACAAAUUUAAAUGUCAUUCAUUUGGCGUAGAUGUCAUUGUAAAAUGUUCAUCGAAAGUUGAAGCAGAAAGAUUGGGUGUUGAAUCAGAUAAGACUACACCUCCUGUGGUAUUUGGUAGUUUCAUGGGAUAUGGAACAGAUUCUAACAGUUACAUUAUAAUGAUCUCAGAUAAAGAUUAUCCUGUAAUUGUUACAUCAAAUAUUACAUUUUUAAGAACGUAUAAGGUUAUUCAUGAAUAUUUUGAUUAUUAUGCAGAGAAGCAUGAUGUAUUGAAGUUAGACAUAAAGGAAUUGAACAAAUUUCUAUUGAAGGCAUCUGAAAAGCCAGAACAUGUGAAAAUGAAAUCAAUAUUGAAUAUACCUCAUACAUAUCCAAAUUUGGAUGAAGAUUUCGAGACUGAAAUUGAUGAAGAAGGCACUAAUACGAGUGUUAGGGGAGAAGUUGUGACAGAAAGCAACCAUCUCAAUGAAAAUAUUAUUGCUCAAGAAAACAAUGAUAAAGUGACUGACCUGGUGAGUGGCGACAACGUGAGUGCGAGCAGUUACAAUGAAUUCCUGGGAAGUGGCGAUGAAAACCUCAAUCCUAGAGAAUCAAGAAAUGUUGCAAACGAAAACAACAUAAACGAAAGCCUUAUUGUACACAAGAGUGCAAAUAAAGCAGCUCAAUUGGAGAGUGGCGACAACGUGAGUUCCAAGAGCUACAGACUGGAGAGUGACGACAACGUGAGGUCCAGUACAAAGGUUGUUCAAAAGAAUGACAACAAAGUAGUUGGUCUGGGGAGUGGCGACAACGUGAGUCCCGGCAACAAUGACAAAUUAAACACCCUGGGGAGUGGCGACAACGUGAGGCCCAGGAAAACGAAGAAGAAGGAGUUGAAACAUCCUGAAUUCUCAAAUGGGGUUAAAACAGCGAAGAAAGUGUUACUUGGUGGCAGAGACCAUGAGGUCAACACCAGAAAAGCAAGAAAACGAAAAAUUGCUCAAGUACAAGAAGUAACAAAUCAAGAUGAAGAACCAAUUAGAAUAUCUAGCAGAGGUAGAACUAUCAAACCAAAGAAAUAUUUGUUUUUAAUGAACGCAUUAUUAGAUAUAGAAGAUGAUAUUGCACCAGAACAUUUAUUUAUUGUAGUCAACAAAAUUGAGAAGAAACAUGAACAAGAUUGGAUCAAAGCCAAAGAUAAAGAAAUUCAAAAAUUUCAAGACUUUAAUGUAUUCAAAAUUGUUAAAAUUCCAAAUGGUAAGAAACCAAUUCCAACUAGAUGGGUAUUUACAAAGAAAGAGGAUGACUUGAAAAAGGAAGUCUUCAAGGCAAGGUGUGUGGUCCAAGGUUUUAGACAACAUGAAGGUAUUGAUUUUGACAUUACCAAGAUAUCAUCUCCAGUUACUGAUUUAACUACAAUUAGGUUAUUGACAGCUAUUGCUACUGAAUUUAGUUUUACGAUUCAUCAUUUAGAUGUAAAGUCGGCUUAUUUGAAUGCAGAUUUGUCCGAUGAGAUUUAUGUUAAACCACCACCAGGUUAUGAAAUUGAAUCAGGUAAAUGUUGGAGGUUGAAUAAAUCAGUCUAUGGUCUUAAACAGGCUGGUUAUGAAUGGUUUAUUACGUUUAGAAAGAUAUUUCUUAAGUUAGGUUUCGAGAGUAUUGUUGAGACUUUAUUCUUAAAAAGACAUGGUUCAGAAUUGAUAAUCAUUGCUAUUUAUGUUGAUGAUGUUUUUAUAAUUUGUUCGAAGAAUGAAUUAUUUGAAGAUUUCAAAACAAAGUUGAAAAGUGAAGUGGAUUUUAAGGAUUUAGGGGAGAUCUCUGAAUAUCUUGGAAUUAAAUAUGAAAAAACUUCAGAUGGUUAUUCAAUCAGUCAAAAGAAAUUCUUACUGGAUAUUGUUAUGAAAUAUUGUUCUGAAGAUGACAAGAAUUACAGAAUUAGUAAUAGUAAGAAAUACUUAAAAUCAACUCCAAUGGUUCAAGACAACUAUAAGCAUGCAGAUUCUAAAGAUAAUGAAGAAGAAUUUUUUGUCAGGAAUGUUAAUGGUGAUUACUUAGAUGAGGCAAGCAAGAAAGAAUAUCAGUCGGUUGUUGGUCUGUUAUUAUGGGCAGCCAAUAAUACUAGGCCGGAUUUAAGUUAUGCUGUAAAUCAUUUAGGAAGAAAGGCAUCAAAACCUACGGUGAAUGAUUUUGAGAAAUUGAUGUAUUGUCUCAGAUAUGUUAAAUGUACAUUAGAUAUUAAAAUUGAUUACAAACGUCAAAGUCGAAAACCAGUCGGUACAUUCAGUAUUGAUACGUUUUCAGAUGCAAGUUAUGCUCCUGAUCUUGAAAGGUAUUCUAUAUCCGGAAGGGUAAUUUAUUUGAACAAUUAUUUGAUUAGUUGGGCUACCAAAAGACAGAAGACAAUUACUACUAGUACAUAUGCAAGUGAAAUUGUUGCAUUGAAGUCAACAGUUGAAGAAUCAUUGAAAUUGAAAGGUAUCAUGGAGAAUAUGAACUUUAAGAUUGAUGAGAUCAUUGCUCGAGAAGAUAAUAUGGGUGUGGUCAAAUAUUGCAGAAAUCAAAAUUUCAAUCAUUCAAAGAAGCACAUUGAUAUUUCUUAUAAAUAUUUAAGAGAUCUUGCUACAAAUGGAGAUAUUUAUUUGUCCUGGAUAAGCACUAAGGCUAAUAUUGCUGAUAUGUUUACGAAACCAUUAGGUAGACAAGACUUUGUGAAUUUUAGAAAUCAAUUGUUUGGAUUAAGUCAGAUACAUAAGGAUUUAGAACAAAUCGACUUAAUGUUGGAGAUGUUGGGGGAUUCGGUUGAAGCUGUUGAAGAAAUGUUGGGUCUCUGA